AUGAGCGCGCCCGACGAGCUGACGAUACCCUCGCCCGCCGACUUCCACGUCCACCUGCGGCAGGGUGCCAUGUCGGAGCUCGUGACGCCCCACGUCGGCGAGGGCGGCAUCUCGCUGGCCUAUGUCAUGCCCAACCUCGUCCCGCCGCUGACGACGGCCGCCGACGCCGAGUCGUACAUCUCGCAGCUGCACAAGCUCUCGCCCUCGACCCACUUCCUCGCCACGCUCUACCUCAGCCCUUCCCUCACCCCAGAGGAGAUCCGCAAGGCCGCAGCGGCGGGCAUCGUCCGCGGCGUCAAGUCGUAUCCGCGCGGCGUCACGACCAACUCGGACGGCGGCAUCGAGGACUACGAGACCUACUACCCCAUCUUCGAGGAAAUGGAGCGCUGCAACCUCGUCCUCAACCUCCACGGCGAGCUGCCCAGCGACAUCGACCGCGGCAUCUGCGUCAUGAACGCAGAGCAUGAGUUCCUCGCACACCUCCACAAGAUCCACAACCGCUUCCCCAACCUCCGCAUCGUCCUCGAGCACGCCACCACCGCAAAGGCCGUCGAGGCCGUCAAGGCCUGCGGCGACACGGUCGGAUGCACAAUCACCCCGCACCACCUCCAGCUCGUCGUCGACGACUGGGCCGGCAAGCCCCUCAACUUUUGCAAGCCCGUCGCAAAGCUCCCCAGCGACAGGCAGGCCCUCCGCGACGUCAUCCGCUCCGGCCACCCGCGCUUCUUCCUCGGCUCGGACUCGGCGCCGCACCCCCUCGCCAACAAGUACCCCUCGGCCGUCACCCACGGCGCUCCCGGCGUGCGUCCGGCGGCAUCCGGCGACGACCUCGAGCCCACGGGCGUCAUCGCGUGCGGCUGCGCUGCCGGCGUCUACACGUCGCCCAUCCUCGUCCCGCUUUGCGCCACGCUGCUCGAGAGCUUCGGCGCCCUGGACCAGCUGGCAAACUACGUCAGCCUCAACGGCCGCAAGUUCUACGGCUACGACCAGCCCGACCAGCUCGCCAAGGGCACCAUCAAGCUCCGCAGGACACAGGCGCCGUCCAACGUAGUCCCGCCCGUCUACGUCCACCCCAAGUGCCAGGCGAUGGGCGACGGCGACACGGACAAAGUCCAGGUCGUCCCCUUCUGGGCCGGCAAGAAGCUCGCCUGGGAGAUUGUCAACUAG